CAAUAAUACAUCCUCCAACAAUUUUCGUUUCCGAGAAUCAAAAAUCACGAAAAAACAAUGAUGAAUUUUCUCGCAUUAGGUCUUGUUUUAACCUCACUAGUAACCGCAGGGUUCUUCACCCCAACUCCACAAAACCCCAAAUCGAGCGAUGACAAUGUGAUAGUGAGAGACGGCCACCGAGUUGUGGUGGUCGAGUACGAGAAAGACGACGGCAACACCAAGGUUCUCAUCUCGCCUCCCGAUAAAUUGAACGAGAAUAUGAAGGAGGAAGUAAAGGAGGGAGUGAAGGUAGCUCGUGAUGAAUUGGGAAAUUUAGUUGAAAGCCAAGAAGAUCGCAAAUUCAGCCCCCGGGAGCUCGUCUGCGAUGCCUACGGGAAGUGCAAGCACAAGAUCGCUUCGGCCUUCGAGAAGACGAAGGAAUCCGCAGCCGAGACGGCCUCCUCCGUGGAGGAGGCCGCCAGAGGCAAAAUUCGAGAAUCUAAGGAGAAGGUGAAAGAUUCCGCGAAUGAGGUGAAGGAGGAGGUGGCGGAGAAGGCGAGGAGAGUCGGAGAUGCAAUGCAAGAGUCUAAGGAGAAGGUGAAGGGUGAGGUGGCGGAGAAGGCGGGGGCGGCGAGGAAGGAGCUGAGGGAGAUUUUGAGGCAUGCGUGGGAGGUGGCGGGGGAUGUGUUGGACUACGUGGCGCCGAGGGAGAGGGUGGGGUUCGCGGCCGGGGUGGCGCAUCUGAUGGGGUUCGCGGCGGCGUACGGGAUGGGGGUGUGGAUCACGUUUGCGUCGAGCUACGUGCUGGCCGGGGCGCUGCCGCGGAGCCAGUUUGCGGUGGUGCAGAGCAAGCUCUAUCCGGUUUAUUUCCGGGGGAUGGCGUGUGGUGUGGGGAUGGCCCUGUUGGGGCAUUUGGCCGGGCGGAGGGGCCCGGCCCCGGUGCUCCAAGGGUUGAACCUCGCGGCCGCGCUUGGGAUGAUCCUCGUGAAUUUGAGGUGGCUCGAGCCUCAGGCGACUAAGGUGAUGGUGGAAAGGAUGAAGAAGGAGAAGGAAGAGGGUACCGGACAAGCGGUGGAGACGAGCAGGAAGGCCGGGGAGUCGGCCGCGGAGACGGCCGGCAGAGUUCCAGCUAGUGAAGAAGCAGCAGCAAGGUCUCAGAUCAUCCAAUUGAGCCAGACUCUUGAGAGGCUCAACUCAUAUUCAUCUUUCCUCAAUGCUCUAACCCUCGUGUCGCUGACCUGGCACCUCGUCCACCUCGGACAGCGCCUGCACGCCGCCACGUGUUGAGAUUGUAAUACACAGUAUACUUAUGUAGAUGAAGUGUAAUAGAUGGUCAGGGAUUCUGCUUUAAUAUAUGUAGAUAUAUGUUCUUGUACUAA